AUGGACGCAUUCCUUUCUCAACCGACAUCACAUUCCCAUGCCCCUCAUCCUGAUUGUAUUCCAGCUAUCCAAUUGAAAAACGAAAUUAAAGCUCGUACCGCGAUGACAGAUGAACCAUCCAGUUCAAUUCUUAAUUCGGCCAUACGUACUUAUCCGCUAAGUGCUGCUGGUGAACUUCCAAGUGGUGACGCACUUAUGCUCACAAUUCGACGAUAG